CUAGUCUAUUACGCAGUGGGAUCUUUAAUGCCGACCUUUCCACCGUUGAAAAAGUCUUAAUCGUGCUAAAUCUAUCACUUGUCUGCUUCUCAAGAAAACAAUUUUCCACCAAUCUGAAUCUCUCGCUUGCCACAUGAUUUGUGUUAAGGUCAUCUCUUCUACAGAUAAGAUUCAAUCUCUACACGAAGCAACGUCCGACUUUAAUGCACACUUUUGUAUGCGAUUUAAAUUGAUAUUAAAUCCACAACUAAUUCUGUGUAUCACCAUUCGAGUUAAGACCAAUCCAAUCUGUUAGAUAUAAAAUGUGUAUGAGUGCAAAGUGUGUUAAAUGUGUCUUACUGUGUGAACACAUCCCCAACGGCAUCAAAUGUAAUCCAAUCCGAUCCUGCAGCUCACCAUUGAUCAAUUCCUGCAACUGCAAGAGCGGAUCCGUAACUUCGAGGGAAUGCUUGGCGGCGGCAGCGGGGAGCGUUUGUGCACGCCAAGCACUUCGGCCGGCCCCUUCCGCAUCUUCUCUGUGGCCGGAUUCCAAAACAGGGCCAAUGACAUCGUCUACUGCCCGCCAAUUGUGCGCCAGCAGCAGUCGCAGCAUGUGCCGGAGGACUCCACGGCCAUUAUCUACUUCGGCGGCGACGUUCAGGAUUUUCCGGAGAGCAUGGAGACGAAUCGCGACAGCAGGGGCUACAUGAAGUACAAUCUCGAGAAUUCGGCCAUUCUGUUGCGCGAGGCUUUCCCCAGGUCCCACAUCAUCGUCAUUCGGCCGGUUCGCAUGGAGUUCAAGACAUUUAGCUGCUUCGAUAAUUUCGUGAGAGGAAACAAUGCUGGAGUCCCAGAUCACACUCCCAUGAACCAUGCCCUCCAGCAUCUGGAAAAAUUAUUGCAGAAUCUGUCGCAGCGCUUGAUCUCCAUACCCGAGAACGAGAUCCUUGAUCAGGCCGCACAGGCGGCGGCUGCAGCGGCGGCAGUGGCUGCUGCAGCUGCGGCCGCUGCCCUAACGCUAUCUAAUGCCACCGUCACCUCGGAGUCCAACUCGCAGUCGGCGCCCGCCUCCAACGACAGCAGUCAGGAAAUGGAUAUAGACAUACUGCAGGUGCAGGAAAAUGUGACCGUGGAUGCAGACGGGGCUGUCAUAUUCCCUAUUGUUGGCAGCGAAGUGGCAGAGACAGUCAAUAAUGUCACUGGAAAUAAUGGAAACAUUGGCGGCAGCAACGAGGCCAAUACGAACAACCAUCAGGAGGAGCAGGCGAACAAUCAGAUCCAGCAAACGCAACAGGCGGCUGCCAUCAAGUUGACUUCUGCCACCAACAACGUCGAGCACUACAAUAAUGACUGUGCCACGAGGCAGGUUCCUGCAGUAAAUGCAACUGCAGCGUCUGCGACGGCAACAACCACAUCAACAGCAACAGCGGCGGCAACCAGCGACAGCAAUCCACUUUGGUGGCGCGAGAACCUUAACCUGGACAAGUCCAAGCUGGUGCUGAUUGGCUUCAGCAAGGGCUGCGUCGUGCUCAAUCAAUUCAUCUACGAGUUCCAUUAUUUAAAAACCCUCACGCCCGACGACAGCAGCAUGUGCCGCUUGCUUUCCCGCAUAUCGGACAUGUAUUGGCUGGAUGGCGGUCAUGGAGGUCAGAAGAAUACAUGGAUCACAUCACGUAGCUUAUUGGAGACGCUAACGCGCAUGGGUAUGAACAUCCACGUCCACCUGACGCCCUAUCAGGUGCAGGACGAUCGACGGCCCUGGAUCCGCAAGGAGGAGAAGCUGUUCACGGAGAUGCUGAGGCGGCUGAAUGCGCCGAUCACCCGGCACCUGCACUAUGACAACCAACCGGCCAACCUUAUGACCCACUUUGAGGUGUUGCAGGCCUUUUGCCAGCACGUCCAUGCCCUAAACCAGCAGCAGCAGCAGCUUCAGCAACAACAACAACAGGGGAGUGGGAUAAGCGACCAGUCGGCAGUGGCUACCAACAACGGCGGGACCAACAACAGUCUACUAGAAAGCGGCGAGGAGGGAACUGCCGCCCUGAAGCGCCAACAGGUGGCCCAGCUGCGUCAGCAUCAUCAACAGCUGCUGGCUGCCGCACCGGAGCUAGCAUUAGCCUCCUCAUCGCGCCUGGCCGCGGCCCUGAUCUCGUCGGCGGUGGCCCUGAGCAGCGCCUCCUCAUCCGCCGCCGGGAGCAUUGUAAAUAAUCAUCAUCACAGCCAUAUGCAACAACAGCAGCAGGAGCAGCUGCCUCAGCCACCGCAGACACGCCAUCAUCAGCAUCACCAGCACUCCCACAGGCAUCACCACCACCACCACUCGCACCACCAUUCGCAUCACCACUCUCACCAUCAGUGUCGCUCGAAACGCAAACUGCAGAAACUGUAUUAUACGCUUUGCCGUUAGAUCUGUAACUUAACUUUAUCGAAUGUAUACUUGUACGAGAGACAGUUUCUUAGAACCACCAUUAGCAAGCACCUAACUUUUCCCAGUCAAUUCCAAAGUGUCGUUUGUAUGUCUAUUUUUGUGUAUAUGUAUUUAUU